UCUGAGAUCUGGGUUUGGGCAGGUGAAGAUUAGCCUGAGGCCAAGAACGGACGCGUCUGGAUACAGAAAAGGGAGCUUGGGUGUGGGGGGGCAUACUUACAGACUCAGGGGCAUUCCCAGCCCAGGGAGACUCCCCAGAAGUGGUCACUGGAAGAAAUGGGGUAGAAAGACAGACAGGACAGAGGGAAGAAUGAUGAGUGGACUGGGUUGAUGUUUAGAUGGGGAUGGGCGGACCCUGGAAGGCUGUGUAUAGAAGCAAUAAGGAGAGAAAGAAGCUGAGAGCAGAGAGGCAGAGAAGAGCAGACAAUUGAAGCAGGUGAUGAGGGCUUUACAAGCGGUGUAGGCGUGGGCUGGUGACAGGAGGAGGGCGGAGAGCAAGUGUGCCCUGAGUGUGCAUGCGACACACAUGAGAAGCGUGAUGGGCGACAGACUGGUGAGAGCAUGGGGUGAGGGGCUCGGGUCUGGGAAGCCGGGAUGGGAGAUGGGAGAAUAACGGCAUCGCGCAGCUUUGCCCAGCAAUUUACAGUUUGCUCCCCUUUAGACUCCCAUAAUUUCCUUCUUUCGCUGAAGAAAGAAAGCUUUGGCUCGGGGAGGUGUGGUGGCAGCCCAGCGCGGGUGCUAAGUGCGCGCCGUGCGUCGCGGGGGUGGGGGUGGGCGGGCGGCGGGGGGCGGAGGGGGAGGCGCGGACUCCGCCCGCACACGCCGCCCCUGGCAGGGGCCGCACGCGCUCGAGGAGCCGCCGCCGCUGCCGCUCGGGGUCGCCUAGAGCCCCAGAUUCCCGAGCGCUCGGCGCGCAUGGCAGCCGCCUCGGCGCCCAGCCCCGCCGCCAGCUAGGGGCGGCCCCGCGCCCCCGCCCGGCCCCUCAGCUGAGCCCGUCGGAUCCGGCCUCGUUCUGCGCCCUGGGGCGCACCGCCUCCCAGCCGGAGGUGAGGACCUGGAAAACACGGGCGCUCGGGGCUGGGGACACAGUGGGGAUUCCAGGCCCUGUGCCGCUGCUGAGCCGACUGCAGCUGAGAUCGGAAGGGGAUGUGGGAGCGAGGGGGUGUCAGAGAUGGGAGGCGGAGACUGCUGGCUGCCUGGAACCGUCCCUGCCUCUGGCCCCCGCGUCCCCUACGUGUUCGAGGCCUGUCUCUGCGCUGUCCCCAUUCCCGCGGACCCUUUUGCCCCAACUGCAAUCCAGCCCCAGCCAUUCUCGCGCCCCGGCCUCUCUUUGCGUUGCCCAUCCUUCAUCUCCUUGUCACAGACCCGGCUCCCGGGUUCCUGUCUGGUCUCCUUGCUUGCCAACCUUUCCCCGCCUCUGCCUCCUGCUGUCCUCAUCGCUUCUUUCGUCCCGGCGCCCCUCUCUCUCGUCUGCUCCUGUAAGUUGAAACCAGUAUCCGUGCCGCUAUCUCUGUUCUUGGCCGCCUCCCCGCCCGUGCUGUCCCACAGGUGUCCACACGUCUGGCUGUCCAUCCGUCCGUCCCUCCUGGGGCCGGCGCUGACCAUGCCCAGCGGCUGCCGCUGCCUACAUCUCGUGUACCUGUUGUGCAUCUUGGGGGCACCCGGUCAGCGUGUCCGAGCCAAUGACUGCAGUUCCCACUGUGACCUGGCCCAUGGCUGCUGUGCACCUGAUGGCUCUUGCAGGUGUGACCCAGGCUGGGAGGGGCUGCACUGUGAGCGCUGUGUGAAGAUGCCUGGCUGCCAACAUGGUACCUGCCAUCAGCCUUGGCAGUGCAUCUGCCACAGUGGCUGGGCUGGAAAAUUCUGUGACAAAGAUGAGCACAUCUGUACUACACAGUCCCCCUGCCGGAAUGGAGGCCAGUGCAUAUAUGAUGGAGGUGGUGAGUACCGCUGUGUGUGCCUACCAGGCUUUCAUGGGCAUGACUGCGAGCGCAAGGCUGGACCCUGUGAACAGGCAGGCUCCCCAUGCCGGAAUGGCGGGCAGUGCCAGGAUGACCAGGGUUUUGCCCUCAACUUCACAUGCCGCUGCUUGGCAGGCUUUGUGGGUGACCGCUGUGAGGUGAAUGUAGAUGACUGCCUGAUGCGGCCUUGUGCUAAUGGUGCCACCUGCCUUGAUGGCAUAAAUCGCUUCUCCUGCCUCUGCCCAGAGGGCUUUGCUGGACGCUUCUGCACCAUCAACCUGGAUGACUGUGCCAGCCGCCCAUGCCAGAGAGGGGCCCGCUGUCGGGACCGUGUCCAUGACUUUGACUGUCUCUGCCCCAGUGGCUAUGGUGGCAAGACUUGUGAGCUUGUCUUACCCAUCCCAAACCUUGCCACAACAAUGGACACCCCACUAAGGCCCACUUUGGCUGUGGUGGUACCUGCCACAGAGCCAGCCCCCCACAGUGCAGGGGCUGGUCUACUGCGGAUCUCAGUGAAGGAGGUGGUGCGGAGGCAAGAAGCUGGGCUGGGUGAGCCUAGCCUAGUGGCCCUGGUGGUAUUUGGGGCCCUCACUGCUGCCCUGGUCCUGGCCACAGUGUUGCUGAUCCUGAGGGCCUGGCGCCGGGGUGUCUGCCCUAUGGGACCCUGUUGCUACCCUGCCCCACACUAUGCUCCAGCAUGCCAGGACCAGGAGUGUCAGGUUAGCAUGCUGCCAGCAGGGCUUCCCCUGCCACCUGAUCUGCCGCCUGAGCCUGGAAAGACUACAGCACUGUGAUGGAGGGGAGGGGGGUGCUUUCCCACCCCCUUCGUCAUCUCCCCCAUCCCUCAGACUGGAGUGGUCCUUUCUUAUCACCCCUCAGCUUGGGUAUACACACUGAGGGGAACUCAGCCUCACACCAGAAAUAUUAUUUUUUUAAUAUACAGAAUGUAAGAUGGGAAUUUUAUCAAAUAAAACUAUGAAAAUGCAA